AUGGCGCUUCAGCUGUCAGGGUUUCUUCUGAUCUUCCUUCUUCGUAUUCUUGCUCAUAUCUGCAGAUCACCUGUGGCUGCACUCGAUAGCAUCUUUGUCUUCAAUGGCUUCCAGCGGUCGGACUUGAGCUUAUCAGACUCUGCAACCGAGUUAGGUGGCCAUGGCUUCGCCUUCGUCGUGGCGCCCUCCACCAACUUCUCUGAUGCCACUAGAGGCCGCUACCUCGACCUCUUCAACGAGUCGAACAACAGAAACCCCACCAAUCAUAUAUUUUCAGUUGAAUUCGACACCGCUCAACAAGCAAUUUUGAUGGAUACAAAUGCAAGCCAUGUGGCCAUCAACGUUAACCGUGUAAUAUCCAAUGCCCCUGCAGCUGCUGCUUACUAUAUAGAGUAUGGCAAGAUGGAAUGGGUGGUUCUAGAUAGCAAGACGACCAUUCAGGCAUGGAUAGAAUAUGAUGGACAGAUGAAGCAGCUGAAUGUCACCAUAGCUCCAUUGUCACACCCACUCCAGCCUAACCGCUCACUCAUUUCAUAUCCCAUUGAUCUGUCCCCUAUUCUGCUUGAACACAUGUAUGCUGGAUUCUCUUCUGGUACAGACAGGCUGGUUAGCAAGCACUAUAUUUUGGGAUGGAGCGUCAAGAUGAGCGAACAACACCUGGACCUUUCACGCCUUCCCUCUAUUAGUGAUGAAUUUCCUCUGUGGAAGUCUUCUAAGUUGUUCUUGAACCUGACAUCCAAGAAGAUAGAAGGAUGGGAGAUAGACUACCCACAUAGGUUCUCAUACAGGGAACUCUACAGGGCAACCAAGGGUUUCAUGGAUGAAUUGGGCAAAGGAAGUUUCGACAGUGUCUACAAAGGUGUGAUGCCAGGCACCGGAUUGGAAGUUGCAGUCAAGAAAGUAUCGCCUGAGUCAAAACAGGGAAUGAGGGAGUUUGUUGCAGAAGUGUCGAGCUUGGGGAGGAUGAGACACAUAAACUUGGUCCAAUUGCAUGGAAGCCUCAGUUGGGAACAGAGGUUCAAUAUUCUGAAGGGAAUUGCUUCCAGCCUGCUGUUGAGUGAUUUUGGGCAUGCCAGACUCUUUGGUCAUGGGACCAACCCAAAGACAACCCACAUCGUUGGGAGCUUCGGGUACAUGGCGCUGGAGCUCUCCCACACCUACAAGUCCAUGACGAGUUCGGAUGUGUAUUCUUAUGGUGCCUUACUCCUAAAGGGUGGACAAACACCAGACGCUAUGGACAAGAAGCUUGAGAAUUGCUAUGUGGUGGAGGAAGGACAGCUUGUGCUGAAGCUUGGCAUGCUCUGCUCACAGACUGCACCUGAAUCAAGGCCAAACAUGCAGUAA